AUGUGGAAUGACGAGGACAACAACCCUUAUGGGGGGAGCUUUGAGCGCAGGGACUCAUUCGCCUCAUCCGCUAACCCCUCCUCACCCAUAACUCAUGAUUAUCCGAGAUAUGACGCUCCCAACACACCAUCUUCCACCGGAGAUGAAGCCCCUCGGCCCGAGUCCAUAGAUGCCGAGAGCCAGGAGGAGGAGGAAAAUGCCCGCUCCCAAGGCGAGCUUGUUCCCCGACCAAAGCCUGGUGGAUACGACAGCCGCGUCGAGCAGAUGCUCUACGAGAACCCGGAGCUGCCCAUCUUGAUUACCGACGCAGGGAAGAGCACAGAGAGUGGCAGAUACAUUGUGUACACGAUUAAGACUGGGGAGCUUAUAGUUCGCCGGCGAUAUUCAGAGUUCGCUACCCUCCGCGAAGCGCUCACAAGGCUGCAUCCGACCCUCAUCAUACCUCCGAUUCCCGAAAAACAUACCGUGGCCGAGUAUGCCGCCAACCCAACCAACGCGAAGCAGGAUCAGCAAAUUAUCGAUCUCCGAAAGCGCAUGCUGGCAGUUUUCCUAAACAGAUGCCGGAGGAUGGAGCAGGUCCGCGCAGAUGGUGUCUGGUGGCGGUUUCUGGAUCCCAAUUCUAGCUGGAACGAGGUUCUCCACUCCCACCCCGUGGCAUCCAUCCCCAAGUCGAUAAUGAGGGCACCCCCUUUAGACCCGGCCAAUCCGACUCCAGGUCACGAGUUUCUCCCCAUUCCCGCCAGCUCUUCGAAGCUCAAGUCCAUACCCGCGGCACCCGCUUCGAGCGGCACGGCCGGUGCUCAGGUCUUUUCUCGCUUUCCGCCGGACAGCAGUAACCUUGGCGAGCAGGAGUUGGACCCUUAUUUUACCGCCUUCGAGACCUCUAUCCGAGAGCUUGAAUCGCUACUUAUGGGCCCCAUGGAGAAGGUCAACCGGCGGUCCCUGAACCAUCUGUCGUCCUUGGCUUCGGAUCUUUCCGAGUUGGGGGCGAGAUAUAACGCUUUUUCCCUGUCCGAGCCUACCCAAUCGCUCUCGACGGCGAUUGAGCGGAUAGGACAAGCUGCCGAUUCCUCGUACAUUGCCACCGAAGAACUCUCGAGCUCGCUCGGCGCGAGCUUUGCCGAGCCCAUGCGUGAGAACGCGCAGUUUGCCGGUGUGAUCAGGAGCGUCUUGCGGUACCGAGUCCUGAAGCGGGUGCAACAAGACAUGACCGCAGACGAACUCAACAAGAAGGGCCAGCUGCUCGAUCAACUGGAGCGGAGCGAGGCGGAGGCAAGGAGAAUAGAGCAAUAUCUGAGUGGCACACAGCAACCCCAGCCUCCGAGGAAAUCAACGAGCACUAGGGAAGCGCAGUCGCAUCGCCGCGAUGGCAGUAACGAGGACACCGCAUCGAUCGACUCGGAUUUCCCUCCCACGCACGGCGACCUCGCUUCUGCACCCUCGGCCAGCAUCGGGACUCCGGAGCGGUCACCCGCGGCUCCUAGCCAUAGGAAGGCACCGAGCGCGGCAUCAAUCACUAACAAGAUCUUCGGCCCCCUCCGUCACGCCGUCCAAGGAGUGGUUGACGCGGAUCCCGAGAAGACGCGGCGGGACACCAUCACCAAGACCCGCGAGUCAAUCGUACAGCUCGAGCAGGCAAAGGUUGCAUCGGCCGAGGACGUCAAGGAAGCGAGCGCUAGCAUUCUCAAGGAUCUCAAGCGCUUCCAGCGGGAGAAAGAGGACGAUCUCAGGCGGUACAUGCUUGCCUAUGCAAAGAGCCAAAUCGAGUGGGCAAAGAAGAACAAGGAAACAUGGGAGGAAGCGAAGGCGGAGGUGGAAAAGAUUGAUGAAUCGAUGGCACUUCGACCUUCGAAUCCCGGAUCCGGACCCGACAACCAUCCCUCAUCCACGUCAGCCGCCAUGGACCAGGGCGCGCAACCCCUCCGCGACAUCGCGGCUCCGGGCGUGAAGGCCCAAGGUGACCUGCUUAGAGAGCUGCGCACCGAGGUCGCCAACCUACUCGGGCGCAACUCGUACAGCUUCCCGGGAGCCCAGCCUGUCUCGUUCUCGCGGAGGCAUAUGGAGGAAUUGCGGAAAGAGGACUACUACGUCUGCGAAAAGUCCGACGGCAUCCGCUACCUCCUCUACCUAACGUCGGACGAGAACGGCAGCGAGUGCCACUACCUGGUCGACCGCAAGAACGACUACUGGUGGCUGUCGCAGCGCAACCUACACUUCCCGCUGGCGCAGGACCGCGCGGCCUUCCACACGGGCACGCUGAUCGACGGCGAGCUGGUGAUGGACACGCUCCCGAACGGCGACAAGGCGCCCGUCUUCCUCGUCUUCGAUCUGCUCGCGCUCGACGGCAAGGCCGACGUGCUCUCGAAGCCGCUCGACAAGCGGCUCGGCUACUUCAAGGAGCACGUCAUGAAGCCCUACAAGAGCCUGUUCACCGCCUUCCCCGAGGAGCUGCGCUACCAGGCCUUCAAGGUCGAGAUGAAGGAGAUGCAGUUCUCGUACGGCAUCGAGAUGAUGUUCCGUGAGGUGCUCCCCAGCCUCAAGCACCAGAACGACGGCCUCAUCUUCACCUGCCGCACGAGCUCCUACCAGUUCGGCACCGACCAGCACAUCCUCAAGUGGAAGGCCCCGCACGAGAACACGGUCGACUUCCGCCUCAAGCUCAACUUCCCGCUCGUCGAGCCCAACGAGCUGGAGCGGGCCGAGGGCCGCACGGAGCCGUUCGUGGACUACGACAGCGUGCCCGACGCGCGACUGCUCAUCUUCACGGGCAGCGACCGGGGCAAGCCCGGGUACGAGGAGCUCAAGGAGCCGCUGCACCUGACCGAGGAGGAGUGGGAGACGCUCAAGAGCUGGGGCGACCCGCUGCAGGACCGCGUCGUCGAGUGCUGCCUCGACGACGAGAAGCGCUGGCGCCUGUACCGCUUCCGCGACGACAAGACCGAGGCGAACCACGUCAGCACCGUGACGAGUGUUAUGGGGAGUAUCAAGGAUGGCGUUAGUGAGGCCGAGUUGUUGCUGGCCGCCAAGGGGAUUAAGGAUAGUUGGAAGCUGAGGCAGCAGCAGCAUGGGGGGCAUUAG